UAAAACCACUUGACGAAGCUUUUAACGGAUAUCAGAAGGAGGAAGAAAAGCCGUAAAGGCGCGUGGAUUCUCAGCCGCCCGUUUCGUAUCCGUAGGCUCCACGCGCCUCUCGGUGAUUUUCGCAGGUGGUGGUGUGUUGAUGAAGAAGGAAAUAUCUUUUAAAUUAUUGACGAAAAGAAAAAAAAGUGAGAAGUAAAAUAAAAUUAAAAUCCUUCUCGCUUGAUUUUUUUUGUUUCAAAAUUUUGUCGUGUUCCGCUGUUUUGAGAGUGUGUUUAUAAAAUGGCAAGAGAUCUGUGAUCUUUGAAGCUUCUCUGUAGAGUCUCUUCUUCCUCUCGUUCGACGUAGAAAGAGAUAAAUUUUGUUUUCUCGUAAUUUUGAUUAUCUUGCUCUACGAGGUUCCGUCAGAAUCGAGAUUGUGGAUCGUUUGAAGGAAGGAAGAUAAGAAAAACAAUCAGCCAACAAAGAGAAAUGGUGACUGGUUGUGUUGAACUUCAUCAAUCCUUCAAAGCAGCAGAUUCUACUGUGCCAAUUCCUCCACCUGUUCCAUCGAAAUCUGAUGGACACCAGAAACGAUAUGUAGCACCAGGGAUCGAGCAUAGCUGCGUUUCGACAGCCACAAGAGAUAUGUGGGAUCGUCUUUUCAACGACGGAUACAAAGCUAAUGUAGUGAUCUAUACAGAUAAUGGCGGCAUCAUCUACGCUCAUGCCAACAUAAUUGGGACUGCUUCGACUGUGAUCAAAGGCAUGUUGAAGCAAGCCAAAAGACAUGGCAAGUGGCAUGCAAUCUCAAUCCGUGGUGUUCCUCAUGAUGCUGUCCGAGUUUUUAUCCGUUUCCUCUACUCCGCUUGCUAUGAAAAAGAAGAAAUGAAUGAGUUUAUCAUGCAUUUGCUGCUUCUAUCACACGCGUACGUGGUUCCUCAGUUGAAACGGCUCUGUGAAUGGCAUCUAGAACAUGGUUUACUUAACACUGAGAACGUAAUUGAUGUGUUCCAGCUUGCGCUGCUGUGUGAUUUCCCCCGGCUUAGCGUCAUAUCUCACCGUAUGAUCAUGAAUCACUUCAAGGAGCUUUAUGCCACAGAAGCAUGGAUAGCUAUGCAGAAAAGCCAUCCCUUUCUCGAGAAAGAACUUAGAGACUCUGUGAUCAUCGAAGAAAAUAUGCGGAAAGACAGGAUCAGGAAAUGCAAUGAACGGAGGAUUUAUUCGCAGCUAUACGAAGCAAUGGAAGCUCUUGUUCAUAUAUGCAGAGACGGAUGUAAAACUAUAGGACCACACGAUAAAGAUUUCAAACCAAACCACGCACCGUGUAACUAUCAAGCUUGCAAAGGAUUAGAAUCAUUAAUCCGACAUUUCGCAGGCUGUAAGCUUAAAGUUCCAGGAGGUUGCGUACAUUGCAAGAGAAUGUGGCAACUCCUCGAAUUGCAUUCACGAGUUUGCGCAGAUUCUGAUCAAUGUCGAGUCCCACUAUGCAGGAACUUUAAGGAGAAGAUGGAGAAACAGAGCAAGAAGGAUGAGGUUAGAUGGAAACUUCUGGUGAGGAAUAUGUUAGGGACUAAGAUAAUCGGACGCUCUCCUUUCUUUUUACCGGUGACUAGCUCUUCCUCCUCCGUGUCUUAAACCGUCAGCUCAAAAUGGACAUCGUUUUCUCAAUCCCAAGAAGUCGAGUUUUAAGCGUUUCUUGUGAUCUUCUGCUGGAAAAAAAAAGUGUAACAUAUUAAAUUGAAUAAAUGAAAACAUACGGUAUUUUGGUCGGCAAAGGGUCAAGAUAUCUGUAUGCUGGUUCUGAGAGUCAAAUCCGGUUGGAGGA